GGGAUUAUGCGAAGCCCCAGCCAAGAGUUUACUAAUAGUCACUUUACUGCCAGCCACAUAUACCACAAAUCCCAUAUCGAAUAUCUGUUUUGCUCUGUUCUUCUCAGCGACAACAUAUUUCUAUUUUACCGCGAUGAUUGAAGAUCCUGGGUUUGUCCCCAAACUUGGCAGCAGAAACCAGCAGCGAACAGUUAUUGCAGAACUUUUCGAGCAGUGGAAAUUCGACGAAGAGAACUUCUGCGUUGCGUGCAUGAUUCGAAAGCCUUUACGGAGCAAGCAUUGCAAGCGCUGCGGGCGCUGCGUUGCAAAACAUGACCAUCACUGCCCGUGGAUUGAUAACUGCGUAGGCGCCAACAAUCUGCGCCAUUUUGUAUUAUACAUCACGUGUCUUGAAGCGGGUAUAAUUCUUUUCGUGCAGCUGACAUACUCCUACAUCAAUGUCUUGCCAGCACCCGUCAAUGCUACCUGUAAUGUCAUUAACGAUGCGCUGUGCGAUUUUGUACUUCGUGAUACAUUCACCCUCGUCCUUGAUGUGUGGGUUAUCAUUCAGCUGGUCUGGGUUACUAUGCUCUGUGCUGUUCAGCUUGUCCAAAUUUCGCGGAAUCAGACGACAUACGAAAACAUGAGGGGCCAUUCGAUUGACAGAAGCUACCCAAGCUCUCGUGCUUUUGCUUCGGCUUUGGCUGCAGGAACUACCUCACUCGAUGCUGCUGGCCUUUCCUCUGCUGGCCAGGGACCGAAUCCAGCUCUUGCCCAUGGCCACCGGCACCGGAGGGGCGGUUGUCUGAAGCAGUGGACUUCCCUUCUCGGCAUUGAUGCCUUCUUUGCGACAGCAAGGGAUGGGUUGCGAGAUGGUCCACGUGCUUCUCGGGCGAAGAAUCCCUUCUCUCGAGGUGUAGUCACCAACUGCCGGGACUUCUGGUGCGAUCCGGCUCCAUACUUUGGACAGCGGGAGGCGGGAUCUGGCAUGCUCGGUGGUGAACCAAUCAACUACAACCAGAUGUACGAGAUGCCGUCACGUAUGCACAGCGGCGGAAGAUAUCGGAGCCUGGCAGACGAGGACCCGGAACGGAAUGCAUAGAUGCGUUCUUGUGUCUUCGAUUGACUGACCAUUUAGGGUUCUCAAUAUGCCCUUCAGACGACCAAUAACUUCCGAGGAGAUCUUUCGAUCUUCUAUACGCGAUCUAAUGAGUACCGGAUGAGCCCUUCCUUCUGAUGAUAUGUUUGACUGGAAUAGAUGGUCAUGGUUGGGGUUUU